GUCUACAACCUGUUUAAUGCUACAUACGACUAAACGGGAGCAACUCCUCUGAACUUUAUCAGCCAAAUUGAAUUUAAAAAAUCUCAGUUAAUGUAAAGAGGAGGCGCUGAAGAAUUCAGCUAAAGCAGGAACUUACUUCCCCCCUCUCUCUCUCUCUCUCUCUCUCUGUCAGAGGCGUGUCCCAGACAGAGCUGUUCAUAUUUCUCUUUGAUUAAUUUGGUGGUGAGACACUUCUGACACACCUGACCGCUCACAACAGCCCUCCAGCCUGUUAUCACGAUGCAGAGGUGGGUUGUGAUCUGUUUGACUCUCCUGGCUCUGGUUGGCGCUGAUGAGUGUCCAGAUGGAGGGAGAUGUAAAGACAAUCAAACCUGUUGCAACAACCAGGCCAACGGCUAUGAAUGCUGCCCAUUUGAUCAGGCUGAGUGCUGUGGGGAUCACAUGCAUUGCUGUCCUGCAGGAACAGUCUGCAAUACAGCCACGUCCAGCUGUAUGAACUCUACUGGGUCCAUCCCCUGGGUGGAAAGACUCUCUGCUGAUCAGCCUGGACUCUCUAAAUCUUUCAGGAUGAUCAAAACAUUCAUGGGGGAGGACGAUGACAACAUCUGUCCUGAUCAGUCACGAUGCCCACCUGAGUUUUCUUGUUUGAGAGCCUUGACGAGGUUUGGCUGCUGCCCCCUAGCUCAGGGAGUCCCUUGCUCUGAUGGGAAACACUGCUGUCCUGAGGGCCACCAGUGCAGCUCAGACAGCCGCUCCUGCAUCAAAAAAGAGCUUGUGACUACAGUUCUGUGCAGCGACGGAGUGUCAGAGUGUCCAGAUGAAUCCACAUGCUGUGAAACCCUAGAAGGAAAGUGGGGGUGCUGUCCCAUGCCAAAGGCUGUGUGCUGCGAGGAUAAGACACACUGCUGUCCUGAAGGCAACACAUGUGAUGUGAAACAGUCCAAAUGUAUCUCCUCAUCUACCAAAAAACAGACGCCAAUGUGGGCCAAGUUCCCAGCCAGGAUAAGAGCAGACUGGGAGAACCAGAAAGAGAGUGAACAAGUCACUGCAGAGACAGUAGAAAAAGCCCCUGAGAUCACCACAGUGAAUACAGUUCCUCCUUCAGAGAAGGAAGUAUCUGUGUCAUCUGUCACUAAGGCAGCUCCAGGUAAUAAUGUUCCCUGUGAUGAUACAGUAUCCUGUGAUGAUGGCAACACAUGCUGUAAAACUGAAGAGGGAGGCUGGGCUUGCUGUCCUCUGCCAGAGGCUGUUUGUUGUGAAGACUUCAUUCACUGCUGCCCAAAAGGUAAGAAAUGUAACCUGGUUGCCCAGACCUGCGACGACGACACAUGCUCUGUGCCACUGGUCCAGAAGGUCCCUGCCAUCCCCAGACAGGGCGCACAGGUGGGGAAUGUUACAUGUGACUCCACCGCCAGUUGUCCUGAUGAAAACACCUGCUGCAAGACCUCAACAGGAGAGUGGGCCUGCUGUCCUCUACCUCAGGCUGUCUGUUGUGACGACCAUGAACACUGCUGCCCUACUGGCACCACCUGUAACCUGGCGGAGUUGAGCUGUGACGGCGCCUCAGGCUCAACGCCCAUGAUGAAGAAGAUACCUGCGUUUGCUACGGUGGCACCCACUACAGUGGACACUCCGACCCAAGGUCAGGUACCAAGCUCAAAACAAGAAGAGGAGGAGACGAAGGAGCCUGAGGGAGAGGGGAUGACAACAGAGGAUGAAAAUGAUGGUGAUGACGACGAUAAUGAUGAUGAUGAGGCGGAGGAGGAGGAGGAGGAGAGUAAAGAAGUGGAGAGUAUUCAGUGUGAUGCCCACACCAGCUGCCCUCAGUCCACCACCUGCUGCUUCAUGUCCUCGACUCAAAAGUGGGGCUGUUGCCCGCUGCCAAAGGCGGUGUGCUGUGCUGACGGAGACCACUGCUGUCCUAAUGGCUACAAGUGUGACGAGAGCAAGACCUGCACCAAAGGGGAAGUGGUGAUCCCCUGGUACACUAAGCUUCCAGCCACCACCAACAUCAAGGAGCAAAGGUCUGUGCAGUGCGACAAGAUGAGUCAGUGUCCCGAACACACCACCUGCUGCCAGCUGAAGACGGGCAAGUGGGGCUGCUGCCCGCUGCCAAAUGCUGUGUGUGCUGCCGAUAAGGAGCACUGCUGCCCACAGGAUUACACCUGCAGCGUCGCCUCUAACGCUUGCCAGAGGCUCAUCAUGCUGGAGGUGGAAACCGUCCCUCUAACACCAGUGUACCAGCUCGAGCAUCAACCCCCGCUCAAUCCCACAAAUCACAGAGACGUUCAGUGUGAUGAACAGACCAGCUGCCCGGAUGGAAACACCUGCUGCAGGACGUCCGCUACUUCAUGGGGCUGCUGUCCAGCUCCUAAUGCGGUGUGCUGCAGCGACAUGAUGCACUGCUGCCCCGCUGGCUACACCUGCACCAGUACUGGAGGCUGCAUCCAGAACAGCAGGCUUCACUGGCAGGACUGGCAUGUGUUCUUUGGCAAUGAAAAGAGAGCUCUAAUUGUGUGAAAACAUCUCUGCACUUUCAUUUGUUUCUGCAUGAAAAGAAUGCACUAAUGGGAAAUAAUGUCAAAGAGAUUCUGUGAUAAUUGUAAGAUGAUUUGUUGUUAGUAACUGGUGAAGGGGGCACUAUGAAAUUGAAUUGCACUUGGUGUUAUGUUAUGUUUUGAUCUUGGAGAUGAAACAACUACAUGUAACUUAAUCAGGGCUUUAAGUUUUUAAUCACUCCUUUUUAGGUCCAAUAGAUCUUUGUUCAAGGCACAUAGCCUACCUCCAAGCUACUUAAAACCCUAACCCAAAUAAACAUUUUAAAAACCC